CAACAACAUUCCACGUCCGAUUUCCGAGUAGUGGAAUGUAUCGCCCUGUAACAUCCGUCUAUCUCGGGGACAACUUGGCUGUGGGGACACGUGGGUAACCCUCAAGCCCGAGGCCAUUUUGGUUUCGAAAAUUUUGGGGGUCACAUGGAUAUCCGAGAUCCGCCAGGGGGUCCUCAGGGGGUCCUCAUAUAUCCUUGGGUUACCCCCCAGCGCGAAACCCUGAGGUGACUUGCGACAGUCUUGGGGGUAUAAUUUUGCCACCCUAAUUUUCGGGAUGGACAGCGGCGCCGUGGACGAGGGCGAUCCCGGGGGCUCCCCUGAGCGGCGCGCAGCGGGUGGCGGCGGGGAGGAGGAGGAUGAAGGCGAGGGGGCUGGCGUGGCGUACCACGAGGUGGGGGCGGCGGCGGAGGGUUGGGAGGGGACGGCUGCGGGGGAGUUGGAGUCGCACGACGCGGAUCCGAACCUCGGGCGUCGGGCGCGCGGCGCUGCAAUGGGGACGGCUCGUAUGGGAUCCGCGCAUCGGCCUGUUGGAACCGGCGGAGAUUUCGGCGGGGAUCACGGGGAGGCGGAGGUGGAGGAUGGUUACUGGGGGGGAGAUGCUGGCGAGAGCGAUCGAUGGGCGGCGGAGGCGGAAGGGGACGCGGAGAGGGAAGGGGAGGGGGAAGACAGGUGGGCGGAGCAGGGAGAGGCGGACGACAACGAUCGGGAGAUGGGAGACGCGGACGACGAUGGCGGUGGCGCGGGCGGGAGUGCGGGCGGGGGAGCGGGCGGGGGGGAUGUGAUUGAAGGGGGGAUGGAUGGGGAGGACGGCGGAGAAGAAGGGGAGGUGGUGGGCGGGGGGGAGGAGGACGACGGAGGCGUGGACGAGGAGAGGGACGCGAGACGGCAGGGAGGAGUGCGAGCGGCGAGAGGGGGAGGGGAUAGCAGCGGGGAGGAGGAAGCAGGGGUGGCGCACGGGGAGGGAGAGGCGGAGCAAGGAGGGUGGGGGAAAAGGGAGGGAGAGGAGGGAGGGGAGGGGGGGGCGGCGGAAGGAGAGGAUGACUCGGAAGAGGACCGAGAGUGGGAUGGCGAGGAGGAGGACGAGGAGGGGUCCGAUGGAGGGGAGGAUGAGGGAGAGGAAGAGGAGUUGGAGGAAGGGGAUGAGGACGAGGAGGAUGUGCAAGAGGUGGAGAGUGAGGGGGGGGGCGAGGAAGAAGAGGAACGAGAGGAGGAGGAGGAAGAAGGAGAUGGCGAGGGAGAGGCGGAGGAGGGAGAGGAAGGGCAGUGGGUUGGGCAUGGGGGGCGUUAUGUGGCAUCAGGGGGCGCGUUGGAUGCGAGGGAGGGAAGGGAGGGUGUGGGGGAGGGAGCGAGCGGGUACCCUGUGCACAUUGACUUGGACGACGACGAUGAGGAGGAGGGGGAGCAGAGAGAGGAGGGUGUGUGCGAUGGGGUAAGGGAGGUGAGCGCGAGAAGGGUAGACCCGGGCGAGGAGGACGAGGAAGAAGAGGGCGCAGGGGGAGAGGGGGAAGGGCGGGGGGGAGCAGAAGAUGUGGAGGAUGGGGGCGCGAUGGGGGAUGGCGCAGGCAUGGAGGUGGAUGGGGCGUGGCAUGGUGGGGUGGGGGAGGCGGAGGAUGCAGGGCUUGCAGCGAUGUUGGGGAAGAUGGAGAGGGGGGGUGGCGGAGGUGGGGACGAGGCAGGGCUGGUGGGCGUGGAUGGAGAGGGAGCAGCAGCAGAGGGGGACGCAGAGGGAGGUGCUGCGGAUGGGUGGCGCUGUGAGUCGCAGAGGGCAUCAUGGGACGGUGCUGCAGGUGGAGACGCGGCACUGGUGCCGGCAGCAGCAUCAGUGGAAGCAGCGCCAGUGGCGUGUGGUCAUGAUGAGCCUGCUGCGCUUCCUGCUGCGCUUCCUGCUGCUGCUUCGGUGGCGCCUGGUGCGCUGGAAGAGGGCGUGAAGGGAGGUGCUUCUGAAGUGGUGAGGACACUAGAGUCAGUCGCGGCUGAUGGCCAGGGAUUGCCAGGCACGUCCUCAACCUCUCUUGUGCCAGCAGCAGGAGAAGAAGCAGGAGCAGGAGCAGCAGCAACAGCAGCAGCAGCAGCAAAAGCAUCACCAAGACCAGCACCAGCAACAUCAAGAACACCAGCAGCAGCAGCAGCAGCGGCAGAGAGCAGUCUAUCGGGUCUGCGUGUGCAGUGGCGAGGGCAGAGGGGCGGCUCGCCAGAGCAGGCGGGAGCAGCGGUGGGCGGGGCUGCAGUGCCGUGCAGAUGGAGCGAGCGCAGCACAGCAGCAGCAGCUGUGAGGGCGGGGCUGAUGCCGCAAGCGCCAGGGGCGACAGGCAGGGUAGCCCUUACGUGGGGGGCCGAGGGAGGUGUGGAAGAGGUGGGUGGGCGGAGAGGGCGGGUGCGGCUGGCCCUGGCGUCGUGUGCGGCGCCCCUGCUGCCGCUGUCUGGUGGGGAGGAGGAGGACGACGACGAUGAUGGCAGGGCAGCGGAGCUGGCAGUGAUGGGUCGGUGGAGGGGCGAUGAGAGGAUUGGGGUGGAUACAGAUGGAGGGAGGGGGAAGAGGAGGAGAGGAGAGCAGGAGGGGGUGGAGGAGGAGGGUGCAUUCGAUUGGAGGGAGUGGGAUGGGAUGCGGUGCACGUACAAGUGCAGGAACAUGGUAAUGCAUGUGAAUCUCCAUUCCUGGACGUGUCAGUGGGUGCUUGUGCGUGAUGACAGCCCAACUCACAUCUUCCUCUUGUGCAUGUUGCAUGUGUGUGUGUGUGUGUGUGUGUGUGUGUGUGUGUGUGUGUGUGUGCGUGUGUGGGUGUGUGUGUGCGUGCGUGCGUGCGCGUGCGGGUGCGGGUGCGUGUGUGUGUGUGUGCACGGCACGGCACGGCGUGGCAUGGUGUGGGCAGGUGAAGGCGGAGUUGAUGGCACACGUGGCUCGGCUGGAGCAGCAGCUAGCGGCUUUCACUCACACCAACACCCACACUGCUGCUGCCCUCGCUGCUGCCGGUAUCGCACCACCCACCAACCCCUUCAACCCACCAACCCGUUCAACCCACCAACCCGUUCAACCCACCAACCCGUUCAACCCACCAACCCGUUCAACCCACCAACCCGUUCAACCCACCAACCCGUUCAACCCACCAACCCCAACAACCCACCAACCCCUUCAACCCACCAACCCCUUCAACCCACCAACCCCUUCAACCCACCAACUCCUUCAACCCACCAACCCCUUCAACCCACCAACCCCAACAACCCACCAACCCCUUCAACCCACCAACCCCUUCAACCCACCAACCCCUUCAACCCACCAACCCCUUCAACCCACCAACCCCAACAACCCACCAACCCCUUCAACCCACCAACCCCUUCAACCCACCAACCCCUUCAACCCACCAACCCCUUCAACCCACCAACCCCUUCAACCCACCAACCCCUUCAACCCACCAACCCCUUCAACCCACCAACCCCUUCAACCCACCAACCCCUUCAACCCACCAACCCCUUCAACCCACCAACCCCUUCAACCCACCAACCCCUUCAACCCACCAACCCCAACAACCCACCAACCCCUUCAACCCACCAACCCCUUCAACCCACCAACCCCUUCAACCCACCAACCCCUUCAACCCACCAACCCCAGGUGCAGUGUGGGCGGAUGCGGCAGCAGUUGGCAUCGCUGGAGCGUGUGGGGGCAGCCGCGAGGGAGAGGGAGCGGGAGAGGGAGGAGCAGAGAAGGCGCGUGGCAGAGAGGGCGGAGGAAAGCAUGAGAGUGCAGAUGAAGCGAUGCCAUGUGCUGGAGCUGCAAGUGCUGCAGCUCACGAAGCACAGCUCAGAGGCAGAAGCGCGCGCCGCAGCCGCAGAGGCUCGGGCGGCAGCAGCGGAGGCAGGGCAGGCGAGGGCAGAGGAGGAGGUGCGGGCAGGGCAGGCAGCGAGAGAGCGGGAGGUGGAGGUGGUGAGGGUGCAGAUGCAGGGGGAGAUGGCACGACUGGAGGCAGAGCAGGUGCGCAUGGCGGGCGGCCGCAUGGACGCCAUGGCGGUGGAGAUGGAGUCGCUGGAGGACGAGGCAGACGCACUCAGGGCGCACCACGCUCAGGCAUGCAGGGAGGUGGCGGAAGCUGGGCGUGAGUUGGAGCGAGUGCGGAGCGAGGCCGAGCUGGGCCGGUCGACCUCGCGUGUGGAGGCAGAGGCGCUGCUGGGGCGCCUGCGAGAGGACAACCGCCGCCUGCUGGAGCUGGUGGGCAGGGCGGAGAGGCAGCAGGAGGAGCGGCAGCGCUGCCAUGUGUUGCAGCAGCAGGUGCUGGUGGAGAGAGCACGGGCAGAUGCCGCCGAGGCGGCGGCAGCAGCGGCAGCAGACGUGGCGGUGCAGCUGAGGCGCGCCCAACACGACCUGCAGCGCUGGCGGGCCCUCCUGCACUCGCCCCACCUUGACCUCGCCGUUGCUGCUCGGGGCGGUGCUGAGACGAGGGGGCCGGAGAAAAUGGGCGCAGAGGACGUGCAGGGGGGAGAGGGGGGGCAGAGAGGGGACGAGGGAGAAGGGCAUGGGGGUGGCGGUGGGGAGGGGAGGGUGGGAGCAAGGGAGUAUGGGCCUGAGGAUGUGGUUGCGGCUAUUGGCAAGCUGCAAAGCGCGGCGCUGUGUGCGAUGGCGGAGGCGGGAGAGGGGGCAGCGCAGGUGGUGCCGCUCAGAGCAGCUCUGGCAGCAGCACAGAGGGCAGAGCAGGAGGCGAGGGCGGGUGAGAGUGAUGUGCGGCGCCAGCUGCGGCAGCUGCAGGGGCAGCUGGACGCCAAGCACACAGAGAUGGCAGUGGUGGUGCGUGAGAGGGAUUCGCUGCGCCACAUGCUGCAGUCGUACGAUGAGGAGGAGCACGUGGUGGCAACCUGGCUCAACACACCGGCGCCGCACGCACCACUGCCUGCACCGCUGCCUGCACCACUGCCUGCACCACUGCCUGCACCACUGCCUGCAGCGCAAGCUGUUCCAACGCCACCUGCGGAUGGUGGCGGUGCUGAUGCUCUGAGAGCAGGAGGGGGGUUCGUGAUGGUGACAGUGCCUGGUGUGACAGAGGGGGGAAAGGUCCUUGCUGUGCCGGCAGCACCACAUGCUGCCAAGAAGCGACGCCUUGAGGAGCUAGAGCGGGCGCUGCAUGUGGAGCAGGGUGAGUUGCAGGGUAGGGAGGUGGCUCUGCGCGGAGUGGCAGCAGAGAGGGACAAGCUGCAGCAUGAGGUGGAGCGACUCAAGAGAGAGGUGGAGGGAGAGAGGGGGAAGAGAAGAGCAGCAGAGGCAAAGCUGGAAGCCAUCGGUCAGUAGCUGCAUAUUCAGAACCCAACACAUUUGCAUAAAUGUCCUGGGAAGAGGCAAACGAGUGGAAAGGGCGUUGCGCUCUAUGAAUUUCUGGCUUCGUCUUCGAAUUGGUCGGCUUGCUCCAUGUUCUACCGGUUCAGGUUGCUGGGCUGAGAAUAGCCCUAGGAUCUUUUCAUAAGGCUAAGUCCUUGUAACCGAGUGCUUGAUAGCACAGCGGAAGUCUUGAGUCUGAACCCUUGUAUUCGUAUGUGAGAACAAGUGAUUGAUUAUAGCAAGCGGAUACAGAAUUUAUAUAAUAAAACAAGAGAAUAUGA